AUGGCCUUCCUCCGCCGAUUGACAGCACUUAACACAUCUAUCUCCGGAACCCUCAUCAAGACUCUUCCGCCGGCCUCUUCUUGCUACACUGGAAACCCUUUUGACUCAACUCAAAAUUGUUCUUCAGUCCAAAAUAAUUGGGCUCUGGCCUCAUCGCAAGCCAAUACACCAGAAGGGAUCGAUUAUCCUAUCUAUGCCAAUAACUCCUGGCUUCCUACCGAUGUACCGAGGUAUCAAGCUGGUAAAGACUGUGAGAUAGGUGGUCCUCCGAUUUAUGUUGUCAAUGCCACUACCGAGGAUCAAAUUGCUACAGCGAUGGAAUGGGCUACGGAAAGCAGUGUAGACAGUACCUCGGGCGAAAUUUUGACGGCGAACGCGGACCAGAAUCCUGACCUUCUCUGGGCCACCCGAGGAGGCGGUCCUGGUACAUGUGGCGUCGUGACUGAAUUCGUUCUACAAGCAUAUCCUGCAAUCUCUUCUUUUGUAGCUGUAAAUCUCGAGGUGAUUCCUCUCGGCUCUGAAAACGAUACUACCACUACAACAGUUUUUAUUGUAGUAUACUAUUGCCUACACUGCACUGCAAUAGCAGCUUGGAAUGCUCUGGCAAUCUUAUUCCAAAGUAUCCCAGACCUAAUGGACACUGGUAUCGCAGGCGCAAUGACUGCCGCUACUGGCUGUUCAGCGAGAGCUCUUUCCGGCUUAAGAUCCGCACCCCCUGGUGUUUACUUCUCACAAGCAUUCUACGGAUACAAAAUCAGUACCCCUGAAAUGGCCACUGUCAUCUUCCCUUUAAUUGAGAAAAUGAAGGAUAUUUCUGAUGGAUCACUCUCUCUUAAUUACACAGUCACAGAUGUAUACCCUACUUAUCUCGACAUUUUCUAUGCUGGUGACCCUGGCGAAGAUCCAGCUGGACAAGUUCCUCUUCUUUCUACUCAUUUACUUGGGCGCGCGCAACUCUCUGAUGUCUCAAUGGAAAAAGUAGCUGCAUAUCUACAACGCGCGCUAGCAAGCCAGGGUGGGGGGUGGAUCUCACAUGAUAAUUGGCUUACAAGUAGGACCUGGCCCGGCUAA